GUCCCGCCUUCUCACAGGCUACCUACCUACUUACCACGCAGCACACAGCACCACAGCUUCCCAGAUUCCACGGACUGUUGACGGUGCAUGAAACAUUCUCAACCCAACCCGUCCUGCAACUUCACGAGGGGGCUUCUGUCCUCGCCCUUUCUACACCGGGCUCUAUUCGCGGCCACCGUGUAUGGCCAACCACACCCUCUCGCGUCACAUCAACCCAAUUGCCCAACAUGUCGGAGGAUCGGGAACGCAGCAAGAUCUCGCUCCGGAGCGGCAAGAGGAAGGGCCGCCCCCAGAUUAGUGCACCUCGCCAGAUCUCGGAACCCAUUCUUCAAGAUGGAUCAGGUCCGGUACGGGCCCCCGGCUCGAGGCCAGCGGCCGAUGCUGGCCCCCCUCCGGUCCAGCCAAGGCUACGGCCACCGCCGCAAGCUGGAGGAGGAAAGACCUCGGACUUGGUGAAGCGACGAUACUCAACUCGAUUUAACAACCUGCCGAACGAUUUCGAUGUGAACAACCCGCCGGUACCGGCUAUGCCAUCCCUCGACAAGUACGAAUUCCGCCAGCGCAGAGCAGCACAACCACCUCCGAGUCGAGGAGGCGAUACAGCCCCUGCGCCGAUCGUAGACAUUAAAGCUCUACGAGACCCUGGCUUGAUCCCAGAUCAAUAUGUUGCCAGCCUGCUUAGCGAAGCAUCUGAAGACCAGAUCCGCGAGUUCGAGGACAAUCUGCGCAAUCUCAAAGGCCGAGCCAAUGCAGAUCUGCAGCAGAACGUCAUGCAGAACCGCACACAGUUCAUUAAGAUCAGCAAGGAGGCCGAGAAACUGAAGAGCGAGAUGCGGGCGCUCAAAAACCUUAUGACCGACCUCAAGGUCAACACGACGGCACUACGCCAGGCCUCCAAUAAUGGGGACAACGCGUCGUCUGGCCUCAGUGGAGAGCUCACGUCGGGCAUGAGCAAGCGGGACAAGAGAAGUUCGGUCGCCGAUCGAAGCGCUCUGUGGAACUCGCAGAUGCAAGCCCUGUACAAGAAUGUCGAGGGAUCACAGAAGUUUUUGCCCAACUCUGCUCGCCGCCAUGUCAUCCAGAAUGCUGGCGCAUGGAUCGAGUUGGACAACGCCACUUACAAAUCUCGCCGAGCGAUGCAGAUAUUUCUCCUGAGCGACCACCUCCUCAUUGCUUCUCGCAAGAAGAGAAAGGCGGAUGUGCCUCCGCGUGAGGCUCAGGGCCCUCUCGUUAAGUUGGUUGCCGAUAGGUGUUGGCCACUGCUUGAUAUCGAGGUGGUGGACAUGGCAGGGUCGAGCGAUAACACUACGACGAGGAACAAGCUAGCGGAUGCCAUCAUGGUUAGAGGCGUCGGCCAGGAAUCCGUCAUCUACCGAACCGAGAAGCCCGAGGAUACGGAGAAGAACAGUCUGCUUCUGAACAUUCGCAAGGCGGUAGAGGAGCUCCGCAAGGAGAGACAGUCGGAGCUGGAGGCCACCAACAAGGCCAAGGAGACGAUCAACUACUUUGCAUCCCGGGACCCUGGUCUGCUUCAAAAGACAGAGCUGUUGGAGACGCUAUCCGACAUCAAGGAUAUGCUCAUCGAGGUGGAUGGGAAGCAGCAGAACCUGCGAUGGGUGGAGAGCCAGAUGGAUGAGCUGGAUAUCGACAUUGCACUACAGAGCUUCGAGCCGGCUGUUGGCCGCGUUGAGAAGCUCAAAAACCUCGCCCGAGGCCUGAAGAACAACGCGGUGGCGCAGGACUUUAUCAGCUUCAAGGUCGAAGAGCGAUGCGCGAAGCUGGCGGGCAUGAUUAUUCGCGAGCUGGAGACAACGCACACUGCGCCCACAAAGAACAAACGCAACAUUAGCUGGUUGGCAAGACUGGGCUACGAGGACAGAGCCCGCGAGGCGUAUCUGCUCGCGAGGCACGACAUUAUCCAGAAGAGGUCGAGACAAUGCAUCUUCCAGGGCGACUUGCACCUGUAUAUCUGGGAGGUGUCGUUUGUUUACUUCUCGCUCAUCCGCAACACUGUGAGCUGUUUUCACUCAUGCUUUCCCCCGCCGAUGAUGAGCGCCUGCGUCAAAUGGGCCAAGGAAGAAGUAGAAGCCUUCAAUGCCAUCCUCGCCCGUCAGCUCAGCGGCACUGAGCGCGGCGGUAAGGUAUGGAACGACUGUAUGGAGCGUGCUCACGAGCACGCAAAGAUGUUGAACGAGGUGCAGCUAGAUUUCCGCACUCUCGUCGGACGGGACCUAGAGCAGCCAUCGGGAGUCGCCAUUCCUGUUGGUCUGGGGUUGUCGUAGACGGAAAUGCCAGAAUGCCUAUCAGUCGUUGGAGCACGUGGAUGAUCCAUGAUAAAGACGGACCCGUCGACGGUAGUGAGGAUGACAGUGACGGUAAUGGGAAUGACUGACGGGUUGAAGACUGCGGGCUCUUUUUGGUGACAAGACAGGAGCAAAUGAUACCGAGACAUUAGCAGGCCGAGUGGCGGGUGUGCUACGGUCACCGGCAUGUGCCGGAGCAUUUUUGGAUCUGGGGAUUGGCUCGACGCCCUUAAACUGACAUUGUUUACUUUGCCUGCAACAGCGUUUGUUGAUUGAGGAGAUAGCAAUCGCGGGAGCUAUUGACUCGCAUCGAUUUGGGAACACGACCAAAGAAAACAUUAAACCAGUAGACUGAAACACGUGGUAGUCGACGAAGUGCAAACAACUCAGGGCUUACGAAGUCUGUGUGAAGGAGAUAGGUAUCCAUCCGUAUGACCUAUCCUUACUUAAUAACUUAAUGUGUGUACCGUUGUGUCGGGGUCGAUGCAGUAAGU